AUGCGGAGUUAUUUAAGUAUUUGGAUUGGAUUAUUAUUGAUAUUAUCUGCUGUAGAUUGUGCUGGGACUAAAGAUCGGGCUGAUUCGGUCUGUGCAUCACAAAUGUCUAUUAAAGCGAUCUGUGCGGCUGAAUUAGAGAAGUUUUCGGCUGAAGAGCUGUUAACGACUUUGCGUGCUAGUAAAGUAACUAGUCAGCACUUUGCCUUUGGAACACCGACUAGAAAGGGCAAAAAACUAGCACUACGGUGCUUGGAACGGCCAAAGCAGAUCAUUGAUCGCUUCUUGGCAAUGAGCCAGCCGGAUGAUGAGGGAGAGGGGGCAUUAGACAGUGUAGAAGGUCUUGAUGAGGACUUUCACUGCAACUACCAGCGACUUAUGGAAAUGAUUAUGGCGCAUCAAGAGCUGGCUAAGGAUAUUGAAACUUCGUUUAUGCGGCAUUAUAAGGCCAGCUAUGGAAAAGAGAUGUCGGAGGGAUUGAAAGAAUACUUUCAAACUCGGACGGACGUUCUGUUUAAUCAUUUGGACCGGCAAAUAGGUGUUCUGGAGUUGGUGAGUGAUAAAGUAGUGAUUAGAAGUUCGACUAUGGCUGCACUUCUUUUGGAUUUACUGGUUGAUAUGAAGAACAGUAUGCCACCCGAGAUAUACGAACAAAGCAAAGGACCAUACACUGAUUUAAUGAAGAGAAUUAUGGAGCAGUUGAUUGUCUAUAUGCUUAAGGAAAAUGCCGGACUUAAUGUUUUGUUGAGAAAGAUAGCUAGUGUAGAGGAUUUACCGAUUGAUAUUAGUGAGCCACAUGCGAACAUUCAGUACUUUAUUAAGGACAUUCAGAAUAUUCAAGCUAGAUAUCGGGCUAAUCUUGCUUUAGAACAAGCUUUGGGGAUAACUGAUGAGGACGAUCCUAAUCUAUUGAUUGUUGAUGAGUACAAUGCUAUUCCCGUCACUCCAUCUCCAGUUGUGUCAGAAUUCAAGAACUCAAUUCUUUCUAUGCUAGAUGAUUCAGCCUUGCUUAUCUUUCAGUCGAGAUUGCGCGACUUGAUUAAGACGAAGGUAAACUUGCUUGGAACAGUUAAAAAGGACCAACUCGGCCAAAUAUACAUGACGCGGCCUUAUUUCAAGGCAAUUUACACUCUUAUUGAGGAGCUGUUCGUUUUGAAGUACAAAAACAUGUACUAUGGCUUGCUAGUUAAGCUGCGGCCUAAAAUUGCUAUGGCCGACCGGCCUGUAAUCCCACCCUUCUUUGAGGAGCGGGCUUUGCUGUUGGGGAAAGAGAUAAUCAAGUGGAAUUUGUGCACGCAUGAUCACAAAAGUGUGGUCGGGGCCCUAGGAAUUAAUGAGGCUAAUAUGGUUCGCUUGUUGCAUCAGUCACUAGAUAAGAUUGUUUUGAGUUACUCUUACUUGGCAAGACGGCUAGAAUUUCAAAAGAAGACUAGAAACUUCUUCUGGCAGUUCCUCAAGGCCUUAAAGGAACCGAAUAUUUCAACGCUCAUGGAUUUACAAACAGUUGAAAAAGGUCUUGAUCUGUCUAACGCCGAAAUGAAGAAAUUACUAUCUCAUUGCCAAACCCUUUAUAAGGGAGAGGCACGACGACUGUUUAAGGCCAUUCUCAAUCGAACUAAUAGGCUUUCGCAAUACAUAAACCGACAAAAAGGUCCGGCAACAAGAACUAGGUCGUUCUUAGCUAAACUCGGCACUUAUGUUAGGAAGCUCUUUGUUAUUAAUCCUCUCUACUUGCCUCUUCCGUAUCAACAAGAACUGCGCGAUGCAAUCAGUAUUCUCGAGUCUAAUGGCUCUAAUGCUUUAAUCACUCGAUUAGAUGCUGAAAGCCUGUCACUUAAGGAAAAACUGACCCGGUAUCGACUGGUCCUUACUGAACUUCUACCGAUUUACCAUAAAAUAGAUAUGCUCCUAACGUUCCUUGUUGAUGAAAACGACCAAGCAAACUAUCGAGCUUACCAAGAAAUGCUGAGACAGGAACUGAUUGCUCUGGAUCUUGAGAGUAUGAAAAAGCUUCCGUUCAAGCAAUACUUGAGCUCGCUUGUCCAGUCCAAGAAGCACUUUACUUCCUCUAAAGCCACCCAAGAGUAUCUUAGCGAAAUCAAGCAAGCCAUUGAAGAAACCCGCAAGGCAAUCAGUUGUGCCAAACAAGAUAAAAAAGCAGCCAAAGUCAAUGCUCAGCCUGAUGAUAUCUUAGAUAAGCAAGAUAUAAAAAAGAAGCUAUGA